AACAGGUUUCAGCGGUUCCCGAAAAUGUUGCACAAAUAUUACUUUGCUUUUAAUAAGUCAGUUAAAUAACAGAUAAUAAGAGUAAUGGAUUUGUGCCCAGUUGUGCCUUCUGUGGACAUACGGGACUGCCAGUUUUUUAGAUGAGUACAUAAAAAUGGAGGGCGGUAAGAUUUACUCUGAUAUGAAAAGAGAGUACCAUGCAGAGACAGCCCUUGAAUGUGCACAAAAGUGCAAUGAGGAACGCGAUUUUACUUGCAGGUCCUUUUUGUACAUUGAGAAGGAUGAGAAAUGUACAACAGUAUCAACAAACUCAAAAAUGGAAACGGUGCAGCGUGACUUUAUCACAGUGAUGUACGAAAAGAAAGAGUAUUUGGCUGAGUGCAAAAAUGGCUUCGGAUCAAAUUACAGAGGGUUGAUUUCCAAAACAAUGUCUGGCAAGACGUGCCAGAGAUGGGAUUUGAAUCACCCGCAUAAAACAGGCAUUUCACCAUUAACACACCCAAAAUCCAACCUGGAGUACAACUUCUGCAGAAACCCCGAUGGAGACAGUAAUGGUCCUUGGUGCUACACGACGGACCCAGACACACGUUGGGAACACUGCAACAUCAGGGACUGCAGUGUUAGCAUUGUUGUGACUGGCCCAGAGGAAUGCAUGCACUGCGGGGGAGAUGAUUAUCAAGGGAGAACCUCGACGACUGAGAACGGCUAUACCUGCCAGCGCUGGGAUUCCCAGACGCCUCACUCUCAUGGAUACUUCCCUGAACUGCUACCAGAGAAGCACCUGGAGGAGAAUCACUGCAGGAACCCAGAUGGUGAAAUCCAGCCUUGGUGUUUCACCACCAGCCCCUUCAAGCGCUGGGACUACUGUGCCAUCCCUCGCUGUGCCAAUGCCCCGCCCACUACAGUAGAGGAGCGCAUGUGUGUCACGGGAGACGGACGUGACUACAGAGGCACUGUUUCUGUCACAAAGUCUGGGAGGACGUGCCAGAUGUGGGACAGCCAGAUGCCACACAAGCAUUCCACAACAGAGUACUACCCCUGCAAGGGUCUUACAUUGAACUACUGCAGAAACCCCAACAACGAGAGAAUGCCGUGGUGCUACACCACAGACCCGGAUACCCGGUGGGAGUACUGCAAGGUCCCCAGCUGCGGAGAUGUGCCCAGCCCAACCGACGUACCGGUACUGCAGCCAGUCAAACCCAACGUCCAUCCAGUGACAGACUGCUACAAGAACAACGGGAUGUCUUAUCGCGGCGUCACAUCGGAGACGAUUGGCGGAAGGCAGUGCCAGGAUUGGAGUGCUACUUCCCCUCACUUUCACAAGAAGACACCGGGGAAUUACCCAAACGCAGACUUGACGAGAAACUUCUGCCGGAAUCCCGACGGUGACAUCGCCCCCUGGUGCUACACCACCGACCCCUCUGUGAGGUGGGAGUACUGCAAGGUGGAGCAGUGUCGGGAACUGCCGGUGGAGGAGACAGCUCUGAAGCCACGAGAGCCAAACCCAGAGGUGGGUGAAGUGUCUGCCAGUGUUUUAGAGGCAUACAUCAAGACAGAGGGGGCCUGGAUUUUUUCACUGGUGAAAAAUGAAUAUUCUGUAAAAACAGCUCUUGACUGUGCACUGAAGUGUAGUGAUGAAUCAGACUUUACUUGUAGGUCAUUUAUGUAUAUUGAGAAGGACCAAGAGUGUAUAACACUGCCCGUAAAUUCCAAAAUGGAACUCAUUUUGCGCAGAAUGAACAUAGUGUUAUACGAAAGGAGAGAAUAUAUGGCUGAGUGCAAAAAUGGCAUCGGAUCAGAUUACAGAGGGACGAUUUCCAAAACACUGUCUGGAAAAACUUGCCAGAAAUGGGAGUCGAAUUACCCACAAAAGCCCAAUAUUACACCGACAACACACCCAAACUCCAACCUGGAGUACAACUUCUGCAGAAACCCUGACGGAGACAGUAAUGGUCCUUGGUGCUACACGACGGACCCAGAAAAACGCUGGGAACACUGCAACAUUCAGGACUGCAGUGAGGAAUGCAUGCACUGCAGUGGAGAGGAUUACAGAGGGAAGACCUCUACAACUGAGAAUGGCUAUACCUGCCAACGCUGGGACUCCCAGAAGCCCAAUGCUCACGGAUACAUUCCUGAAGUCAUACCGGAGAAGUUCUUGGAGGAGAAUUACUGCAGGAACCCAGAUGGAGAGCCCCGCCCCUGGUGUUUCACCACCAGCUCCGCCAAGCGCUGGGACUACUGCGCCAUCGCUCGCUGCGGCACUGCUCCACCCAAAAUAGUAGAGGAGCUCACCUGUGCCACAGGAGACGGAACUGCCUACAGGGGAAACGUCGCUGUGACUGAGUCCGGGAAAACCUGCCAGAUGUGGGACAGUCAGACACCCCACAAGCAUUCCAGGACCCCGGAGAACUACCCCUGCAAGGGCCUUACACUGAACCACUGCAGAAACCCUGACAACGAGAGAAUGCCGUGGUGCUACACCACAGACCCGGAUAGCCGGUGGGAGUACUGCAAGGUCCCCAGCUGUGGAGAUGUGCCCAGCCCAAUUGAGCCGGUCAUCGCCCCGGAGUCAGACUGUUACGAGGGCAAUGGGACUUCCUACCGCGGAGUCACGUCUGAGACCAUCAGUGGGAAGAAAUGCCAGUUCUGGACCUCCAUGCAACCCCAUACCCACAAAAAGACCCCGCAGAGCUACCCGAAUGCGGACCUGAGGAGAAACUACUGUCGCAACCCAGAUGGGGAUCGCGCCCCCUGGUGUUACACCACCGACCCCACUGUGAGGUGGGAGUUCUGCAAGGUGCAGAAGUGUGAAGAGAAGCCCGUAGUGGUCGUGCAGGAGUUCGGAGCAAAUGUACCCCAAAUGCCACAGCCCACCGAGGCUAACCAGAGAUUGCCGGCGGCUGAGGAAGGCUGUAAGGAUGGCAAUGGACAAAGUUAUAGGGGCCCCGCAUCUGCCACCAUAAUGGGAGUGACAUGCCAAGCCUGGAGUUCUAUGACCCCCCAUCAGCACGCAAGCUUCACCCCAGAGUCACACCCAGACAAAGGCCUAGAAUCCAAUCAAUGCAGAAACCCCGAUAGUGAUGUCAAUGGACCUUGGUGCUACACGACGGACCCAAACAAAAAGUGGGAUUACUGCAGCAUUCCAGAUUGUGCUAGCGAAAAAUGCGGACAACCGAAGGUGAAACCAAGAAGGUGCUUCGGCCGAAUCGUCGGCGGCUGCAAGUCCACGCCCCACUCCUGGCCCUGGCAAAUCAGCCUCCGCACCAGCACCGGCCUGCAUUUCUGUGGAGGAACCCUCAUCAAACCUCAGUGGGUCGUUACGGCUGCUCACUGCCUGGAACGGUCAAAGAAUCCCGGUGCCUACAAAGUGUACCUUGGAAUCCACACAGAAAGAGCAACAGAGCCUUCCAAGCAGGUGCUAAACCUGGAGAAGCUGAUUUUGGGCCCUGUGGGGACAGACAUCGCGCUGCUCAAGUUAGAGAGGCCAGCUAUCAUCAAUGAUCAGGUGCAGACAGUUUGCCUGCCAGAAAAAGACUACAUCGUACCAAGUAACACAGAAUGUUAUGUGACAGGCUGGGGAGAGACGCAAGACACGGGAGGAGAGGGCAUCCUGAAGGAGACCGGGUUCCCGGUCAUCGAAAACAAAGUGUGCAACCGCCCAGCAUACCUUGCUGGCAGGGUGAAGGACCACGAGAUGUGUGCAGGAAACAUCGAGGGGGGUACAGACAGCUGUCAGGGAGACAGUGGGGGUCCUCUUGUGUGUUACAGCAAGGACUCAUUCGUCCUCCAGGGAGUGACUUCCUGGGGAUUGGGCUGUGCAAAUCCCAUGAAGCCUGGGGUUUAUACCAGAGUCUCAAAAUUUGUUACCUGGAUUGAAGAUACGAUCAAGAGGAACUGAAUAAUCUCAUUGAAAGGAACUGCAGACUGAGCAAAGCAGAUUUUAUGGUUAUUAUGUUCUAUGGAAAGCUUUGAAUUAGUAAAACGGAAGGUGAAUCAUUGUACCCAGUAGUACGUACUUUUAAGUUGUCAGGAUGCCAAUUCUGUUUUGUUGUUAAUGAAUAAAUCAAGGAACUCAUUGACUGGUAUAUCACUGACUUGCAAGUUACUUUUUGAUAAAAGUCCAUCAAAUAGUUGCAAAUCUAAGAAUUUCCUUGCGAGUCUCUGUCGCU